AUGUUAGCUGUAGACAUUGUGAGAUCGUUUCUGACUGUCUUUGUGUUUGGAAAUAUCGCUUACACCGCUUUUCUUGUCAAAACAAAAAAGAAAGAUGUUUCAAACUUCACAAGAGCAGUUAUGAUUGCUCAGGUUAUUGGUCAAACCUCAAUCACAAUAGGAUUGUUCAUCAUUGAAUCAAUUGAACUUGUCGACAAACAUUUUGGAACGGACUAUCUCACAUCAUUCAACUCAAGCGUUUUCUCUACUCUCAUUCGGUUUCUUAGGGAUGUUGGAUUUUCAAUCAGUUUCAACACAGUACCUCUAAUCUCGUGUGAACUUCAACUCAUUCAAAGAUUGAUCAAAAAACUACGAUUCACUUUUCGAUAUCAUUAUAAAUAUCAGAGUUUUGCAAUAUUCAUUCUUGCCAAUCUCAUCUACGUUAUUAUGGAUCUGAUUUUCUGGAAAAGUGCUGUCGAAUAUUAUGUUCAGUUAGGAGUUUUGUUCAUCGAUUACAUUAUAUUUGGAAUAGUAAGUUAGAAAUCCAUUCUAGUAAUCAUUUUAAAAAAUGCCUUUUUCAGUUUCACCACAUGCUGUAUCGGCCAGACUAUAAUACGGAAAAAUAUCAAGUUACUUAUAAUAUUAUAAGAGAACAUCAUAUCAAGAACAUUGCAAUCAAUAAACGGAAAGGACUCUCGUCUAAAGGAAUUAGAAUACUCAUCUGCCAACUUGUGAUUCUGAUUUGCAUGGGCAUAAUGUUUUGUUUGAAAUAUUCUAAGGAAACACAUUUCUUCUGGGACUUUUCUGAUGAGAUUUCACUCAAAAUUGGACUGAUUUUUAUGUCAUCGGUCAACUCGUUAAUUUUGUCGGAACAGGAAUUUGACAAGGUUAGUUCAGGGGUUUAUAGGCGUUCAGAGAGUUCAGGAGGUUAGAGACGUUCGGGGAGUUCAGGGGGUUCCACGGGUUUAGAAUUAGUAUGACAAGAAAUGAAUAAAGGUAAUGUUUGUGGGGUCGAGUUUCGGUGGAGAUGUUUUGAACGACUAAUAAUCGAAGAUCUUAACCGCAAGAACUACGUGACAUCAUCAAAAAUAUUUUACGAAAAAGCCAGGACGACUGCAAAUCAAGAAAAUCUUGCAGGUCGUCCCAUCAGAGGCUGAAUUGGAACCAACUCCACAAAGCAACCAGCAAUCGGUUGCAAUAGAAAUGACACAAAAAUACUAAAAAAAAACUAUUUCAACUUUUGUUUUGGUUUUUUUAUUUGUUUCUUUUUUGUUUUGUUGCUAAUGGAAUGUUUUCUGGGUAUGAUUGCUGAAAUUAGAUAGAAUUCUUUGAACCAGACUUGAAAAUUCAAGGUCUGGCGUUAGAAGCCUAAGAUGUCUAAUUUUUGCAUGUUACCCAAUUGAUAUCCUAUUGCUAAUUUAUAUCAAUAAACAAAACAUUGUUAUUAUUGAUAAUUUGAUUUUUAACAGUUCGUUUUCAUCGAAUUGAAAUACCUAUUUAUUUUUUUGAAUAAUUAUUCUUGUUAACCUUAUUUUUAGGAAUUUUGAUGCAGCCAGAAGCCUAUCUUUUGAUUUUGCAAUUCUUUCUCCUCUAUUUGAUCUUCAUCAUCUUAAAAGUGGUCAGGAAAGUAACAUUCAAAGUAUUUUCUCGUCCCAAACACAACAAAAGACGAUAGGUAAGUUGCAAAAUAUUCAUCGAUUGUCAAAAUAAUCGAGAAUUUUACAGAUAUCACUUCAUUCGUUGGAGGAAAUGAAUUGUACUCCAAACAUUGUUGAUGUUUAUGUAGAACAUAGCCGAUUUUUGAGCGAUCUUCAGCCAUGGCUUAUGGCUGUAUUAUUUUUAUUGAUUUUCUUGUUUGAAUCGAUGAUUUGGUUCAGCAUCAAGCCAAUCAUAUGGUUUGGAGUUGUUCUCAAGUUUCUGGCGUUUUUCCUAGAAACCCAUGUGUGCGGAGAAGGUUGCUACAAAUCCAUUCUAUAUGCAUAGACAAAUCAGGUUUCAGGAAUUUCUUCGCAAACCGCUAAAGUCCUCACUGUUUGUGCCGAAAGUAUUUACAUUUUUGCGCCAAUCAUCACUUUAGUACCUAUUCUAGUUGCGAAUUCUUGUUACACAGCUGAAGACCCAAUAUGGGCUUACAGUACUUCAGCUAUAUUGGUUCAUAGUUACCUCGCAUGUUCACAAGUUGUACAUUAUUUUGUUUACGAGUGGAACUAUAGUCAUACAGUUAAAAUUGUUUUGAUGAUUCAUUUGGCGAUUUCAAGCUUAGGGGUGAGAAUGAGUUAGGUUGGAACUUUUUUGUAAAGGCGGUCAGACAAUUAUUUCGGUUCUCCUUGAAGCUCCUUGUUUCAUCCAAACUUCAAACUUCUAAUUGGCGCCAAGUUUCCCGGAUAGGAAUGUGUAAACACUGCGACGCACUAGCCUACAGUAGGAUUUUGAAUUUUGAGUUUCGACUAAUUCAAUUCGGAAACUUCGUGGAUGCUCUCGGUCAACUGUAAUAGAUGUCUGACCGCCUUUAACUCGACAACUACAAAAUAGAAACUAGAAACAUUUCAGUUCGCCCCGUUUAUUGGAGCCUGGCAGUCGGAGAUAAUAAAACAUGCUCCUACAAGAACUGCAAUUUGUCGGAAAUUUGUUAAAAACUACAUUGAACCUCUUGUGAAUCGUAUCGCAUUUAUAAGACCAUUGAUAAUCAUCAGAGGACCCUCCUUGUUCUUUGGAAUAGUUCCUAUUAUUUAUUUUGGCCAAUACAAAACUGAGUUUUUGACAAAUAACAGAGCAAUUGGUGUUGCUUCGUUUCUUGAAGUAACUUGUUUGGUGAUUUAUGAGAUUUUUAUGGGUAUUGAGAAAAAUCAUUCGGUAAGUUUUUACUAGCUGAAUAGUUGGUGAAGCCGGAAGAUUUUUUUUACAGAACAUGGUUCAUCCAUUCAAUUAA